AUGGCGGCAGCUAUGCAGAACGGCAUGGGUAACAUGAUGAACGACGACAUGAACCCGCAACAUAUGACGCCGCAGCAGCAGCAACAGUUCCUGCAGCAACAGGCGACAAACAAUGCGCUUACGAACCAGGUCAAAAUCCAAGGACAAGCGAUCUACAACAAGCAGAUUGCUAAUCUCGCAGCACAAUGGGGCAGUGCUGCCAAGAACCAGAUCCAGGUGAUGCAGCAGCAACACUAG